UGCAGUGAAGUAGCAUUCUCACAUGCAAACCUCUGUCACACUACCCAACUUGUAGAGAGAAAGAGUGCCACCGCCGAUGGCCACCAACGCCUUCUAUUCCUUAUCCGCCAUAUUAAUAUUAUUAUCACUCCUCUCCCUAAGCAAUGCCUGCUUCCCCUCCGACCGCGCCGCCCUCCUCGCCUUCAAGUCCACUCUCCACGAGUCCAACCUACACCUCUUCGACACCUGGUCCGGCAGCAACUGCUGCCACCGCUGGUACGGCGUCAGCUGCGACCCCGAGACCCGCCGCGUCGCCGACAUCAACCUCCGCGGCGAGUCCGAGGAUCCCCUCUUCCGCAAGUCCAACACCUCCUCCGGCUACAUGACCGGCACCAUCUCCCUCGCCGUCUGCCUCCUCCCCCGUCUCUCCGCCCUCACCCUCGCCGACUGGAAAGCCCUCUCCGGCCCCAUCCCCCCCUGCCUCACCUCCCUCCCCUUCCUCCGCGUCCUCGACCUCGCCGGCAACCAAUUCUCCGGCCAGAUCCCCGCCGACAUCGGCCGCCUCUCCCGCCUCGCCGUCCUCAACCUCGCCGACAACCAGAUCUCCGGCCAGAUCCCUGCCAAUUUCGGCAAUCUCACCUCCCUCACGCACCUCGACCUCCGCGGAAACCAGAUCUCCGGCCAGAUCCCGCCCAAUUUCGGGAAUCUGAGAAUGCUGAGCCGCGCACUGCUCAGCAGGAACAAGCUCACCGGUUCAAUUCCGCCCUCGGUCUCCUACAUCUACCGCCUCUCCGAUCUGGAUCUGUCUCUUAACAGCCUCACCGGUCCGAUCCCCGCCGGCCUCGGCAAAAUGGCGGUUCUCGCCACAUUAAACCUCGACGGAAACAGGAUCUCCGGUCCGAUUCCGACGACGCUGAUCGGUUCGGGGAUUAGUAUACUGAAUUUGAGCAGGAACGAGAUUGGAGGUUACAUUCCGGAUUUGUUCGGGGCGAGAUCGUACUUCACUGUGCUGGAUUUGUCGUACAACAAUCUGACCGGGCGGAUUCCGAAGUCGAUAUCGGCGGCGACGUUUGUAGGGCACCUGGACGUGAGCCAUAACCACCUCUGUGGGGCCAUACCGGCGGGGGCUCCGUUUGAUCAUCUCGAAGCGUCGUCGUUUGCAUACAAUGAUUGCCUCUGUGGGAAACCGCUUAAACCUUGUUAGUUUGAAAUUUUGAGUAAUGUUUUGCGUCAGCUUAUCUUGUUUCAAUAUUAUUAUCAAUAUUUAUUUAAUACUCA